AUGGAAGGGAAGAGAAGAGAUAUUUUGGAGGCCGUCGAUGAUGAUUCUGUAGCUUCAGUCUUCCCUGCAGUCGUUGCAGUUGGCUCUGGAUUCGCUGAUGAUGAUGCUGCCGCAGUGAAUUCGGUUGGUGAUGUUUCAGUGUUAUCUUCAGUAGUUGUAGUUGCCUCUGUAUUUGGUGUUGACUAUGCUGCAGUAAAUCUGCUGGUGUUGUUUUAUUGUUAUCUUCAGUCCCUGCAUGUUAUUCUGCAUUCGCUGAUGAUAACGCUUCAGCAUACACCACAAAGCCGACAGCCAGAGUGA